ACUUCCCUGCAACCUAUGGAAAGAAAUGGAGACAGCAAAAAGACAAUACCACCCACAAUUCUCACUGCCUUCACACAUUGACCUUCCCUGGCGUACCCAAUCUACAGUUCUCCUCCCUCUCCUUUCCCUCCUCCUGGUCCUUCCCUGAGUACCCUCCCCUGUCCUCCAGCAAUGAACCUGUUCCCGCCUGGUGUGCAAGUGGUGGUGGGUCGCGAGGACAGCAAGCAGUAGUGAGCCGGGUGCUGCAGGAGGUACUUGUUUCAACCCGUCGCUAGCAUGGCGCAGCUGUGGGAAGUUGUGAUGGUGGCAGUGUGCAUGGUAAUCAUUGGACAUGGUAUGCCAAUGGAUGAUACUGCAGAAACUGCCAAAGAAAGUUUGGUAACAGCAGAGCAGCACAACACCAAGACCAAACAAGACACACAUUCUAAUCCUCCACAGCCACAUGGGCCUUCCAUUACUGAAAUAACAAAUCAGCUAUUAACUUCAUCAGUAAAGUAUCCUGACAAUGCCAAAAUGAUUCCUUUUGCCCGCAGCACUGGGCAAGAGUGCAAUAAGAUUGGAUCACUUCCAAAUCCUCUAGAAUGCCAAUAUUUUACAUUCUGCAUUGAGGAGUUUCAAGGUUCCAAAGAGUUCAUACCAACGUUAAAUAUUUGUGACCAUGGCCACUACUUCAAUACAUGGGAAAAGAACUGCAUUAAAGGGGAGUGCAUCGAAGUGAACAUUGGUCCCGCAUUAAAUGACCCACCACCACCACCACCACCCUCUCCAUCUUUAAAUGAGAUUCCCAGUUGGCUGAUUAAUGCUCCAGAAUGGUUUGAAGAGAAACCCUGGUGGUUUGAGAUGGCCCCUCCAUGGUACCAUACCCCACCUGCCUGGCUAAAACCAAAUGUCUUGACUGAACAAAUACAAGUUGAGGCAGGACCAGGUCUUGAAGUUCAAAAGCCAGACCAGAUCAUCAAAAAUGUUGGAGUGCCAAUCCAGUCUUCGCCUGAUGAGAAAGAUGCACCCGUCUACCAUGAUAAUAAAACACUACGGUGAGAUAGUGACAUUUCUGCACUGAGAAAAAUUGAGAAUCAAUAUUCCAAUCAAGAUUGUGCAACAGUGACCUGCAAGCUGCAAAGGAUCUGGUGCUCCAACAAUAGAGUCAUAAUGAGCUCACUUUUCCAAAUAUGCACACUUUUCUGAAAUCUGUCAAUUCAUCUAUCUGCUUAUCCAUCUAUAUGAAGAUGCAAGUGUGUGUGUGUGUGUGUGUGUGUGUGUGUGUGUGUGUGUGUGUGUGUGUGUGUGUGUGUGUGUGUGUGUGUGUGUUUGCAGUCUCAUAACAAGUUACAGUGGUAGUUUCUUAUGUCUUUAUAAAAAAGUCUGGAAGAAGGCUAAAAACAUGCUACUAUAUGUGAAUUUUAAGUAAUAAAGAAGACCCAACAAA